UUCUUAACCAGUUACUUGAAGAAAAACUCGUCUCACCAAAUCCAAUAUUAAUCUAACAAAGAAACUAAUACAAUCCAUCAAGAAGGAAGUCACCUCUCCUCUCCUCGGUAACCGUAACCAUGAAGCUCAGGAAGAACAGCAAUCUCUCGGUAUUUGUUGUCGUAUCCUCUGUAUUUCUCUUCGGUGUCUUCAUGUACAAUGAGGACGUGAAAUUCAUUGCUGAGUUCCCUUUUUCAUGGCCUAAAUCUCAAGAAGAGCCAUCAAAAGGAGCCACCCCAAUUCAAGAAACCCUCGAGAAGGUCCAAGAAUUCCCCGCUUCUGUUGGUUCAAGAACUUCAUUGGAAGAACCUCAAGUUGAUCAGGGCCCUGAAGAAGUUCAAGAAUCUGACAACUUGAAGUCUAGUGAAUCAAAAGAGGACGAGGAAAAGAUUGAAUUGCCAAUCAUUGAAGAGGAUGAUGAAGACGUUGAAUUGCCACCAGAAGAGUGUGAUCUUUUCACGGGACAAUGGGUUUUUGACAAUGAGACACGUCCUUUGUAUAAAGAAGAUGAAUGUGAGUUCCUUACAGCACAAGUGACUUGCAUGAGGAAUGGAAGAAAGGAUUCUUUGUACCAGAAUUGGAAAUGGCAACCUAGAGAUUGUUCUUUGCCAAAGUUCAAGCCAAGGCUACUGCUAAACAAGUUAAGGAAUAAGAGGCUUAUGUUUGUUGGGGAUUCAUUGAAUAGGAAUCAAUGGGAAUCAAUGGUUUGUUUUGUUCAAUCUCUAAUCCCUCCUGGAAGGAAGAGUCUGAACAAGACUGGAUCUUUAGCUGUGUUCAGAAUCGAGGACUACAAUGCGACGGUGGAGUUCUAUUGGGCCCCAUUUCUGGUUGAGUCAAAUUCAGACGAUCCAAACAGGCACAGCAUCUUGAAUAGGAUAAUCAUGCCUGAAUCAAUUGAUAAACAUGGUGUUAAUUGGAAAAAUGUCGACUACCUGGUUUUUAACACAUACAUUUGGUGGAUGAACACUUUCAACAUGAAAGUUCUACGUGGCUCGUUUGAUGAAGGAUCCACCGAGUAUGAUGAGAUCGAACGGCCAGUAGCGUAUCGGAGAGUUUUGACUACAUGGUCUAAGUGGGUGGAGAAAAAUGUGGAUACCAAUCGUACCACUGUCUUCUUCAGCAGCAUGUCUCCCCUUCAUAUCAAGAGCUUGGACUGGGAGAAUCCGGAUGGCAUUAAAUGUGCCAAGGAGACAGCCCCGAUUCUGGAUGUAAACAUGAAAUUCAAUGUGGGCACGGACCGCAGGCUUUUUGCGGUUGCAGCCAAUAUUACUGGAUCCAUGAAAGUACCUGUCCAUUUUAUCAACAUUACCAAGCUUUCAGAGUACAGAAAAGAUGCACACACUUCCGUCUACACUAUCCGUCAAGGCAAAAUGUUAACACCGGAGCAGCAGGCGGACCCGGCAACGUAUGCCGAUUGUAUUCAUUGGUGUCUGCCGGGGUUGCCCGACACGUGGAAUGAAUUCCUUUACGCACGUAUAAUUUCUCGCACGUGACCCCUAGGGAUAGGAAUUAACACGUGCGAGGCCCCUUUUUUUUCACCCUCCUCGACAUUGUUUUGUUUUUCCUCUGUAAUUUCUCCUCGUCUCAUCUUUUUAGCUUCUCAGAGCUUCAAUUAUAGGUCUGAGCGGUCGUCAACAUUGUUUUGGCACCUUGUUCCGCUUUAUUUGACGGGGGGGGGGGGCUAGGCAUGAGAAAAUCCAGGUGAUCGGAUUCUUCAUUUGUAACAUUAUACUACUCCUUUUUACAUUAUAAUGCCCGUCCGGUACUUGUACAAGUCAUUGCGAGAGGCUCGGCCUAAGAGCUAUAUCGUGCCCUGCCCUCGGAGGAAAAGGAGGUUGGGUUCCAGGCGAGCAUAUGCCCAAUCAAGUUUAAAAAUGAACAACACAUGAUACACGUUUGAAUUGUGCAAUGCACGUGUGAAAUAAAUAAAGAACAAGUACAAAUUUCUAUGU